UGCGUCCGCCCAGAAUUCCCACGUCUAAUGAUCACUGGUUCCACAAGUGCCACAAGUGCCACAAGUGCCCCAAGAGGAGCCGCCCUCCCAAUCGCAGCCAAUUCUGACUCCACAGAGAACGAUGCGGUUGCCGCACAGGACAUCCUCACGUGCGGCGCCUGCCAGAAGGCAUUCGCCCUCUCGGACAUUGUCAAGUUCAUCCAGCACAAGGUGCUGCAGUGCAACAAGGAGAACUAUGGCCAGUGCUCCACGCAGGGUCCCCAGAUGGACCGCGACGCGGAGGAGGGCCGCCCCCUGAGCCUCGUCAAUCGCCGGCCCUCGAUCUCGGCCAUACCCAUCACAGGCCGCAAGUCCGCCCCAUCCGUUGUGGUCACCAGUGCUGGUGGCGCCUCUGCCACAGCAGCGGCCGUUGCAGUCGCCGCAGCAGCAGCAGCAGCGGCAGCGGCGGCGGCGGCGGCGGCGGCCAGCAGCACGGCCAGCGGCUCUCGCAUACACACCCCGCCACCAAGUCCUGCGGAUCUGCUGGCCGAUGGCGCCAGCAGCACGCCCAAGCGUCUCGUUGACGAGAACGACAACACAACGCCCAAGGACAGCGAGGCGGCAGCCACCACCUUGGACUCGAAUGCCGUGGCAUCCGUGCGCGGCAGUCCGGCGACCAUUGAGCGCCAGGCGGCCGGCGAAAGCAGCUGCGAUCUGCUCGACGAGGAGCAGCAUCCACACACCCCCAAGGUCAAGCAGGAGCCCUAUGCCGGCGACGAGGAGAUGCCCCAUCUCGCUGAGUCGCACCAGGAUCAGGAGCAGGAGCAGGAGCAGCAGCAGGAGCAGUCCGUGGCCGAUUGCCAGCCCCUGGCCAAGCGGCCCAAAAUGGAGCUGGUCGAUGCCGAGGCCAACACAGUCCACACAGAGCCCAGCAAUUACACAUGCUCCACUUGCAAGACCCGCUACACAUCCGCGUGGCGCCUCAUCCAGCACGUCCAGCACUCGCACGGCGUCAAGAUCUAUGUAGAGGCCACUGGAGGCGCUACCCUCACCGUGGCCACGCCCGCUGCCCUCAAUAACAGCGCCUUGGCCGCCGCUGCAGCCGCUGCAGCAGCCGCUGCCGCCGUUGCGGUUGGCGCUAGUCCGCAGCCCGCUGAGGCGGCGAUAAAGCGCAGCAGCCCCGCUGGAGCGGGAGUCGCCUCCGUCUCCCUGUCCACCUCCGUCAGUUCCACAUCCUCCGCGUCGCUGGCCAACACGAGCAUCGGCAGCGGCAUCGGCAGCGGCAGCAACAGCAGUCACCAGCAACAGCAGCAGCAACAGCAGCAACAGGCGGCGCAACAGCAGCAACAGCGCGUGCAGCAGCAGCAGCGCGAGAACCUCGCUUCGGCAAUGGCCGCCGGAAUGCGGCAUCAUCCGCUGCUGGCGCCGCCAGAGGCGAUGCAUGCCAAUCCCUUCCAGCUGCUGCGCAUGCCCCUGCCGCCGGCGCUGGCCCAGGGAAAUGUAGUUCCUAGCGUGGCGCCACUGUUCGGCCACGGCCGCCCCUCGCCCGCCGACCACUACCGCAUGGAGCAGCUGGUGAGCGAACAGUUCCGGCAUCACGGCUUCAAUCUGGCAGCAGCCGCCGCCGCCGCCCAGGCGCAGUUCAAUGCCAACGGGCAGGUGGGAGGACAGCAGUUGAAUGUGUCCGCCAAUGUUCCUACCGUCGCCAGUGGCGAGCCGCGUCCGCCCUCGAGCUCCAGCAGCGGCAGCCAGCGCGGCUCCGUGCCGCCCGCCGCCCUGCCACCACCGUCGCUCAGCUCCCAGCAGCAGCAGCAGCAACAGCAGCAGCAACAGCAACAACAGCAGCAACAGCAGCAGCAGCAGGUGGGAGGCGCCUCCACGCCUGGUCUGGUGGGAGGAGGCAGUGGCUCCCUGAAGCUGGAACCGCAGCAGAUGGAUUUUUACUCGCAGCGAUUGCGUCAGCUUGCGGGCACAACAAGCCCUGGAGCUGGCAGCAUUGUUAACUCGAGCUCGCCGAGUCCUCGACAGAAGCAAUCGCCGCAUUUCGCGAGCCCCUCGCCCUCCCAGAUCCCCCAGCACCACCACCACCAGCGGCCCCACUCACUGACUCCCCCAGAGAAGAGCGGAGAUGCGGGCUCCGAGAACGGCAGCCUCUGCCUGGCCCUCGCCAGCACCCCGCGGUCGGCCAGCACGCCACCAUCGAAGGGCAGCAGCUCCGGAGUCGGAACCGGAGCCGGAGGAUUGGGCGGCCUGAGUCUGGGCCUUAAUCUCGGCCAGGGAGGAGGAGUAGGAGGUGCGGAGCAGGCCAGCUGCUUUGCGUGCAGCUACUGCGACAAGAAGUUCCGCUUCGAGAACAACCUGAUCAUCCACCAGCGGACGCACACUGGCGAGAAGCCGUACAAGUGCACUGCCUGCGACUUCGAGUGCUCGCACAUCCAGAAGCUGAUGAAGCACAUGCGGGUGCACCGCAGUCCGGGCGAUGACCAGGACGGACAGGAUGGUCCCGACGAUGGCAGCAAUGCCGAUUCGCUGGAGACGAACGAGGCGGACAACGACGAAGAUCCCAAUCCGGAUGAGUCCGAGGAGGAGAUGGGCGAUGCCGAUGGGGACAAUGAUCCCGAUGGCGAUGUCGAUCCCGAUGCCGAUGGCGAGGGCGACGAUGAGGACGAGGACGAGCUGGAUGACUGUGAGGACAUGGACUACAAGGCCGAGGAUCUCAGCGUGAGCAACCGCAUCGACGGCAAGAGCCAGAGCCCCAAGACGACCAGCUCCGGGGCCACCUCCCUGGUCGGGGAGCUGAUGGACAAGUUCGGACUCUCGAACAUCGCCCAAUACAGCGAGGCCUACAAGCAGGCGCUGCAGGAGUCCGGCCGGAAGGAGGCCGCCUCCGUGGCCGCUGCCGCCGCUGCAGCCGCCGCAGCUGCCGCUGUGGACAACAACAACCGUGGUGGUGGCUCCGGGCCUGGCUCCGCCUCGGGAGCGGGAGGAGUGGGUGGCGCUGACAAGAUGAACGGCCUGCCUGUGGCCGCGCUCCGGCUGCGGGACGAGUUCGCCAAGAACUGCAACAUGUUCCAGCAGCCGCAGGAUGGGCCCGGCCAGGUGCCGCUCUUCAAUCCCUUCCCCAAUCCCUUCGAGCUGAGCAAGCGCAUGAAGAUGGACGGCGGCGACUGGUGGGGCAUGUCCGCCCUGCACCGCAACGAGGCGCUCUUCGAGAACCUCAAGCUGAAGCCCCUGGGCCUGGGCGGCGCGAACGCCCUCAUCCAGGGUCCGCUGCUGAAGAAGGAGAGCCGCCAGCGCAACGACACGUGCGAGUUCUGCGGCAAGGUGUUCAAGAACUGCUCCAACCUGACGGUGCACCGCCGCAGCCACACGGGCGAGAAGCCGUACAAGUGUGAGCUCUGCUCCUACGCCUGCGCCCAGAGCUCGAAGCUCACCCGCCACAUGAAGACGCACGGACGCACCGGCAAGGACGUCUACCGCUGCCGCUUCUGCGACAUGCCCUUCAGCGUCCCCUCCACCCUCGAGAAGCACAUGCGGAAGUGUGUCGUGAACCAGGGCAAGGCGGCAGCCGCCGCCAAUGCCGUGGCCGCUGCCCAGGCCGCCCAAGCUGCCGCCCAGCAGCUCCAGGCAGCCGCCCAGCAUGCCCAGGCCGCCCAACAGCAGCAGCAGCACCAGCAGUCGCAGCAACAGCAGUCGCAGCAGCAGAUGCCCGUGCAGUCGCAGCUGUCGCCCUCAUGCCCCAUGGGCGUGGUCGGGUAUCCGCCACAGUUCGGAGUCUCCGUUGGGGGCCACAACCUCUCGCUGCCGGGCAGCGUGAGCGGGGACAACGACUCGAAUGCGUCCUCCAGCCUCACCGCUCACCCCAUUUCGCUGAAGGAGGAGGCAUGACUUUUUAGCAGCUGGAGCAGCGCGCCACACCCGCACCAACACCAACACCAACACCCGCAUUUGCCACAACUGCCACACCAUGCUGCGGCACAUCUACAUCCGCAUCCGCAUCCGCAUUCGCAUCAGCAUCCCCAUCCAGCGCUCUCGCAUCCCCAUCCGCACUCGCACCUGCAGCUGCAGGGGCCGCUGGUAACGGCACCGCCGCCAACGCUCCACCAAUUGGCCAGCAGCAGCAGUCGCAGUCGCAUCAUGUCGCGCAUCUUCUAAAGAUGUCCACAGCACAGCCCCUUGUACAUAGAACAGCUUCCCCCUCCCUUCUCCUAAGUUGACAUCAAGUUACGGUUAUGUACCGCCAGCAGCAGCAGCAGCAGCAGCAGCAGCCCCCACGGAUACCCUGCAACUUUUACAAAAAGAUUGCUCCCAUGCAACCGCUCCAUGCACCCCCGAGACCGACACCGCCAGCUGCACUCAGCCAAGCUCCUUGAAGGCGACUAAAAAAAAAUACACGACCAGAGGCAUUUAAUACCAAAGCAAUAACCGUUAUGUAAUAUAAUUUUAAAGAUUCCAAUUUUUUUUCCAACCCCUAAAACAAAUCGAAACGAAACGAAACGAAAGUGAAACCAUUUAUAUAUAUAUACAUAUUUUUUUUUAUCACCCAAUUUUUUUGUGCUUGUAAUUUAAAAAUAGAUCCUUAGAUUAUUGUAUAUUUAUAUGUAUCGAUGACGAUGGGUAAUCGAAACUUAUCGAUCGAGAGAAAGAGAGUAAUCGCCUAGCCAGUAAUCGUGUGGACACACAUUUUCCAGUGUAUUUUUAGGCCUAAGCUAAGGGAUUUGUAUAUGAAAAAUGGGGAAGAAAAAAGAAUGAAAAACCAA